AGCAGUCACUGAGGCCGUACGUGAUUGCUAUGUAAUGGUUGAAGAAAUUGAAAGGAAAAGGAAAGAAAAAGAGGAUCUCACAGUCAUUGGGAGACAUGCACCUUUAGGAACAGGGACACAAUUAGGUUGUGUUGGAGGGCCUUCUUCCUUACCUUCAUAUCGUCCCACUCAUUUUGCUACUACUCAUGCUUCCGGUUCUGCUUCUAUAAGUGCCAGUGCCAGUGCCUCUGCCCCUUCUCAUGUUCCUAGCACUGGCAGUGGUAGUGGGAGUGUUAGCAUUGGACCUAGGAUUCGUAAAUCUAGGUUGGAUACCUUUUUUGCACCUCGCACUACUCCUGGGUCCCAACAGUCACUUGAGAGCAUGGGUUGGAACAAGGAGGUCCAUGAUGCUGCUAAAAUGGCAGUUGGCAGAUUUUGGAUCUAUGGCAGUAUUCCAUUCUUCACAGCCAGGUCACCUUAUUGGCAAGAAAUGGUUGAUGCCCUUACCAUUUGUGGGGCGGGGUUCAAAGCCCCUUCUGAGUUUGAUUUGAGGGGACCCAUUUUGACUGAAUUGGUGAAUGAUGUGAAGAAAGAAUUGGGUGAUCAACGCCAAAUAUGGAGCACUAAAGGUUGCACCAUCAUGACUGAUGGUUGGACAGACAGGAGAAAUAGAACUCUCCUUAAUUUUCUUGUUUCUUCCGCAGGUGAUUGAUUAAUUUUAGUUUCAUUUAGGCAUUAAUUUUUUAUUUUUCAUUUAAUGAUUUAUUGAAUGAUCAUUGAUCUUGCUUUAU